UCUACACAGUUCGAUAUGCUGGCUGUUCCCAAAGAAAUGGGUGUGUCAAUAUCUGCAGCCAUGCCAUCUGAGUUGGAGCGUUCCAUGGAGUCCCUGAUCAUGGUGUUCCAUCUCUAUUCUGAAAAGGAUGGUGACUGCAACACACUGAGCAAGAAGGAGCUCAAAGAGCUGAUGAAGACAGAACUGGCCAGCUUCUUGAUGUCCCAGAAGGACCCAGCCGCCAUAGACACGAUCAUGAAGGAUCUGGACCAGAAUGGUGAUGGGAAGGUAAACUUUGAGGAGUUUGUCUCUCUGGUGGUGGGCCUCUCCAUUGCCUGUGAACAGCUCUACCAGCUCCACACCCAGAAGGCUUCUGCCAAGAAGUGAAGGAGGACAGGACAAGCAGAAAGAGAAGCAGAAAUGGAUGUUUUUCUAUAUGUCAUUUUGCUUCUCUAUACGUCAAAUAAGUCAUUUUAUAAGAAGUCUUACUGUUGUGAAUAAACACUGGCUUUCCCACUCUC